AGUCUUGUUUCGCAUCGUCAAAUUCAAAAACUAGUACGAAGUAGUACGUACGCAAUAACAAUACAGUUGUGUCAAAUUGCUUCAACACUUGGUUAUGGACAAUAGACAAUACGGUAUCAUUUCUGUUCCUAUCAAGGUGCAGAUUUGCAGCGGAACACCACUGAACAGAGGAGAGAGCCUUUCAUUCAUUCUCAAACAGAACGCGAGCAACCCAAUCCAAACACAAGCGAAUACCAAACCGUACGGCAUGCUGGGUUCGGCACCGACGCCGCGCCGGUCGAGGCCGAGGAGAACGAGCCUUCGACUCGUCGCCCUUUUGUGCUGCCUUUUUGCAAGCAUGAACACAACCACCGUGCGCGGUGGUAUUGGUAGCUGGAGAAAAAAAACAAGCCAAGAAGAACCAGACGAGGGAGAAUCAGGUGUGGUCAAUGCCUCGUCGUCUCCCGAAGCCAACGGCAGCAGCAACCACAACCACAUGUCGAACAGCGAGCAUCAAUACCACAAGACCUACCUGGAUCUUUUCGGCGAGACGGCCAAGGACUUUUUGACGCGGGUUGCGCCAGAGCGCAUCUCGCGGAUCGUUCCCCCAGAGGAACCGGGCUGCCGGUGGGACUGGAGGUACCUCCGGUGCGAGCCCUACUGCGCCUGCACCCUUUCGCCGAAAUUCCCCUGGGACCUGCACCUCGGGAGGGCCUGCCGCAAGAGGGGGGGCGCAGAGGGGACCGACGGCGGCACCGAAGCCGGAUUCGAGGAAGGCGCGGACUACCGGGGGCUCUGCGAAGGCGGCGAUUCGCGGCCCGGGUCCACGCUCUUGUCGGUGCUCCGGUCGCCGGCUCCCUUCCUCGCGAAGACCUCCGGGGCGGCCUGGCGGAUCCUGCGCACCAGGGCCGAUCCGGUGGUGGCAAGGGCGGCGGGCGAGCUCGAGCGCGUGGGUGCCGGGGUCUCGGCCGUCGUCUGCGGGGACCUCAGCGAUCGGUGCAAGGACGGCGGCGACGGAGCCGAGGGCCCGCCGCCGGUCCUAGCGUGGCAGGAACGCCUGGUGUGCCGGGAGAUUGCCAGGGACUGCGGGCUCGUCCCUCCGAGCCGGGGGCCCGACCCGGCCGAAGCGUGAGACCGCAGCGGGAAAAAGAGCCGUGCAACGCAACACAACGCAACACAGGAUGAUGCGACACGAUGCGAUAACAUACCA